CAAUGACACAGCGAGGUGGGCGGGACCAACCGCCGCAGGUCACGCGCAGCAGGAAGUCCUCCGCAAGCAGAGACCAAAAAAACCCAACAACAUCAACAACAACAGAAGUUCUCUCCCAAAAUGCUGCACAAAAUCACCGGCGUGACGGUGCGGGAUGUGAGAUUCCCGACGUCCUUGGAGCAGCACGGCUCCGACGCCAUGCACACAGACCCCGACUACUCCACCGCGUACGUGGUGAUCCACACGGACCGCGGGCUGAAGGGCUUCGGCUUCACGUUCACUCUGGGAAAAGGCACGCAGAUCGUGGUUUGCGCUGUGGAGGCCGUGGCCGCUCUGGUUGUGGGCAAAUCCCUGCAGGAGAUUGUGAGCGACUUCCGGGGAUUCUACCGCCUGCUGACCAGCGACGGCCAGAUGAGAUGGUUGGGCCCGGAGAAAGGAGUCAUCCAGCUGGCCGUGGCUGCAGUCCUGAAUGCUGUGUGGGACCUGUGGGCGCGGGCGGAGGGCAAGCCGCUGUGGAAGCUGCUCGUUGACAUGGACCCGCGGCAGCUCGUCUCCUGCAUCGACUUCAGAUACAUCACCGACGCGCUCACGGAGGAGGAGGCCGUGGACAUAAUCGCCAAGGCUCAGGAGGGCAAGCGGCAGAGAGAGGACCGCAUGCUCAAAGAGGGCUAUCCCGCCUACACCACCUCCUGCGCGUGGCUCGGAUACCCGGACGAGCUGCUGCGACAGCUCUGCGCGGACGCACUUAAAAGCGGUUGGACCAGAUUCAAGGUGAAAGUCGGCGCCGAUCUGGAGGACGACGUGCGCAGGUGCCGCCUCAUAAGGGAAAUGAUCGGGCCUGAGAACACUCUGAUGAUCGAUGCCAACCAGAGGUGGGGCGUGGCCGAGGCCAUCAGCUGGGUGUCCCGCCUGGCCGAGUUCAAACCUCUUUGGAUCGAGGAGCCGACGUCUCCGGACGACAUCCUGGGUCACGCUGCCAUCUCCAAGGCUCUGGCUCCGCUCGGCAUCGGCGUGGCGACGGGAGAGCAGUGUCACAACAGGGUGAUGUUCAAGCAGUUCCUCCAGGCCUCGGCGCUGCAGUUCGUGCAGAUCGACGGCUGUCGGGUCGGCAGCGUCAACGAGAACCUGGCUGUGCUGCUGAUGGCCCACAAGUUCCGGGUGCCCGUCUGUCCUCAUGCCGGAGGAAUCGGCCUCUGUGAGCUCGUCCAGCACCUGAUUCUGUUCGACUACAUCUCCGUGUCCGGGAGUCUCAGCAACCGAAUGUGUGAAUAUGUGGAUCACCUGCACGAACACUUCACCAGCCCCGUGGUGAUCCGAGACGCCCACUACAUGCCUCCCAAGGAUCCGGGCUUCUCCUGCGAGAUGCUGGAGUCCUCAGUGCAGAGACACCAGUACCCCGAAGGAGAAGUGUGGAAGCUGAAUCCGGACCUUUUGUGAAGCUGCUUUGAGUCAAUGAUUCAGUGCAAAUCACUCAUGUUAAUUCUUUAUUUACAAUUCGGAUAUUACUAACUGAAAAUAAAUCAAACUAACUGGCAAUUUUGCACUUUUCUGUAAAAGUCAAAAAGACAAUUAAAUAAAAUUCUGAUUUAC